AUGUCGUCGACUAAACGAAAAUUCUGCGAGCAUUGCCAAGACUUCGUCUCUACGAGAACGUAUAGGCAGCAUUUAGAUCUUUACUACAACAAAGAAAGUGGUCAAUGGAACAUUCGACAGAUUCAAGAAGAGUCUUCAGAUGAGGAAAGAAGCGAUCCUGCAGAUGUUGACGUGUGUGCUGAAGAAGUGGACCAGUUGCACGAUGUUUGCAUUCAAAGACCAGUCGCAAUGGCAAGUUGUGAUGGAGGCAGCGUUUCUGGACCAAGUAUAUCAUUGUAUGUAUAGGCUAACGCUACUUUGAUGCACAUACUAGUGAGACAGGUUACUGGAAUCAAACAGGAUUGCCUAACUGUCAUUUUCAGAGUCACACCUUGCUUUUUGUAGGGUUACUUUAAAACGGGGGUUUCCCAUUUACGACUAGGGCUCAGUCAAUAGUAAACAAGGCAAUGCAUUGUAGCUAAAAGUAGCACAGAAUAAAUUUUCUUUGCUUCUUAUUCUGAAUGAAACAGAAAGAAAUAUUUAAAACUAGGAACAAAUGUGAAAUAUUGCCACAGUAUUAUUAUAACCAGUAAGGGUGUUAAUGCUCUAUAGAUACACUUCAAAAUUUAUGCUCACUUAAAUUUCAAAUUUGAAAUACAUUAUUUAACAAUUAUCCAGUUAAUUUUAUAGGUAAUUAUUUUCAUCAUAUAAGGGCAAACAAAGAAUUUUGAGAAACAAACUAUGUUUAAAGUGGAUUUGAUAUUUGAGAAAAACAAUAAUUGUGCAGUCCUCUUGCCUCCACCUGCAAAAAAAUGCAAAUUAGUUGGGGUCAAGGGCCAAGUCCCUUUCAUAGUGUGCCUUUGUAUUUUAGAAGUUGUUCCUGUCCCCUUCUGGGAGGUGUAAGUUAAUCAAGGCUUGACUGUAUUUUUCAUUUUGUCAUGGUCCAUUCAGCACUACAUGUAGGUAUACUGUAACAGCAGCACACCAACUGCUAUCAGUUUUGAAGUGGGCAUACCUUUUGAAAAAAUGUGUGCAGAAUAACAGAUGCAUAACUCUUUUAAACUUAUCAGGUUUGGAAGGUGUUCCUAUCCACAAUCUAGAAGAGGAAGAUUACCUUUUAGUUCAUGGUUUUGAUGACAGUGACUCAGAGAAUGACUUUAUUUAUCAUGAGAGGAUGCCACACACAUUACUCAAAGAAGUGUGGGAUUUGCCUGGUGAGGAUGUUGAUACAGACUUCCCCCAAAAUCAGGGUCAACUACCCUCUGUGGAUGUUAACAACACAUCCAGAAUAAAUGGAAGUUUCAAGCAUCUUCUUCGUUGGUUGCUGAUUUUCCUGUGCCUUUGGUCUUCAUUUUCUUCAUUAUCUGACAAUGCAUUGGAAAUACUUCUUACUUUUUUGAGGGCAAUGUUUGAUUCCAUGGGUACAAUCUUUCCAGUUGUUGCAAGUUUUGCUGUGCUGUUCCCAAAGUCAGUCCAUUUACUACGCAAGCAACUGGGACUGGACAAAGACAGAUUUAUUAAAUACAUUGUGUGCCCAAAGUGUCACACUUUGUACAAUUUUGAUGACUGCUAUGAACUGGUUUGCAGUCGAAAAGUCACCAAGAAGUGUACUUUUGUUCAGUUUCCAAACCAUCGGCAACAUUUCCGCCGUACCAAGUGUGGUGAACCACUUUUAAAAGAAGUUUCCUUAAAGAGUGGGGGGACUAAGCUUUACCCACACAAAGUGUACUGUUAUAACAGCAUCAUUGACAAUCUCUGCCAAUUCCUUCAAAGGCCAGGAUUUGUCAAUAAAUGCGAAUUAUGGCAAAGCAGG